UCAUCGAGGAAGUGAUAGCCGGCGCAGUCUUACUUGCACAACAACCAGGUGGUGCCUAGCUCCUCCGAGUCUGCCACGAAAACACUGCAAUGAGCUUUACAAACCACAUCUCGAGACAAUGAGGCCGGACCGUUGCGAGAUUCGACGCUUGACCAAGAGCUGUCCCAGCCGCCUUCUCACGACAACAAGACGACAUUGCAACCCGCACGCUUGUCCCUCCUCGGCUCGCCGCCGCCGAACCACCACCCCCUGUACUGCUACCGCCGACUCUGCACAAAGGUUGCUCUGUAGUCCAAGGUAGCUAGCAGGUGUCAUCCGUUGCGGGCGCCGCGCACGACGUACAAUUACCCGGCAGCGCCAUGCCAUCGACCGAGACGAACACGGUCCCGGACACACAAUUGGGUCUAACGGAAGAUGAGAUACAGCUUCUCCGCUAUCACCAGACGCAAGCGGCCGGAUCCUCGUCUUCACGAGCGGCGAGCCGUGCAUCUUCCCAAGGCCGGUUGCUUCUCGAUGGCGCAAGUCUGGCUGCCUUGUCUUCGCAUCUGCACCGGUUGAUGCAGCAGAUCUCGCAGCGCAUCGACUAUCUGAGUGAGCAGAGUCAGAUAGUUACAAUGCAGCAAUAUGAUCGGGCAGGCAACAUCAUCGACAACGCCGAUGCCGAGAUCGCACGCUUCACGGACCUGAUACAGCAGAUCGAAGAGUUGGAGCUGGACUUCGACCGUAUACGGCACAUACGAGACAUUGUGAGAGGAUAUCGCCAACGCGUAGAGGAACUGGAUCGCGAGCUGGAACAUUCGAGUUCGUCGCGGCAUCGCGACGGGCAUCAUCACCAACACCGCCAUGGCCACAGUCAUUCACAACGACAGGAGGGAACCUCAUCGGGAAGGAGACAUCGACACUAAACUGGAGGAAUCGAAGAUGUAGGGAUGGUGACACAAUCGUGCGCCAGGCUUUGGGAGACUUCGAGCCGCGUGGUUCACCAUUGAAGCUUGCGCACUGUCAGAGAAUCAGGA